AUGUGGGCUCCCGUUCUGCCCCUUGCAAUUGGCUUCAGCCUCCUCUCGAGCGCCGAAGCCUUCUCAAUCCCGCUUUCCCCGCAGCAGAUCCUCGGCGAUCUCACAGAUAGAGAGUCAGAGGUCUGCCCUCUCCCACAGAAGGUCCAUCUCGACGACGACGGUCUCUUCCCAUCCAUUCGAUAUAUCCAAGAUGAAGCGAUCCUACAUCGUCAGGUUGACCGCCUUUCCAAGGCUGUUCAAAUCCCGACUGCGAUCACAGAUUCCAUGACAGAUCCCAAUGAUGACGCAUUUAAGCCGUUUGUUGACUUUGGCUAUGCACUUGCUCUGUUCUUUCCUCAUAUCCGUACCAAAGCAAAAAUCGAAACCAUUAACCGCUUCAACCUUCUCAUAACUGUGGAACCCUCUCCAGAGUCUUCUAAAAAGAGGAAGCCAAUUUUAUUCACUGCUCACCAAGAUGUCGUUCCCGUCGAUGAUCCCUCAGAUUGGACCCAUCCUCCCUUUUCUGGCUACUUUGACGGCGAGUUUCUCUGGGGAAGAGGCAGCAGCGACUGCAAGAACGGUCUUAUCGGUAUUAUGUCUGCAGUAGAUGACCUUUUAAGCCAAGACUGGACGCCUUCUAGGCCCGUGAUUCUGGCUUUCGGAUUCGACGAAGAGACGCAAGGUAAUAUCGGCGCUGUGCGUAUCGCACCGGUUUUAGAGGAAAGGUACGGAAAAGACGGCGUGGAGUUUAUCUUUGACGAGGGAGGACCCGGACUCAUGACCCUUCAUUCAUUGUCGUCAUCUCAAGACGAAGCAGGAGAGGAUGAUGUGGUUUAUGCUCUGCCAGAUGUGAGCGAGAAAGGUUCCAUCACUCUCGUCUUCAACCUUGCUGUCCCUGGUGGCCACAGCUCCGUUCCACCAAAGCACACCGGGGUCGGAAUAAUGUCGGAAAUCAUAUACAAGCUCGAAAACGAAGAACUAGAAUUUUUCACUCCGAACCUCGGGUUACAUCACCCUUCUCGCCGAAUGCUCGAGUGUCAAGCCCGCCAUUCUCCUAAAUAUGUGGAGGACUGGCUCUCCUCCGCUCUUGACUCGGAUGACCACGAGGCAUCGGCCGAAAGAAUUGCCAAAUCCCGCGGGGAAACGGUUAGGUUUACUCUUCAGUCAUCUCAGGCCGCAGACAUAUUUAAUGGAGGAGUAAAGAGCAAUGCACUCCCGGAAAAGAUCAGCACUGUCGUCAAUUAUCGUGUUGGGUUACAUCAGACGCCAGAGAUGGUGCAAGCACGAGCUGAGAAAAUCAUCAAGCCUAUCGUCGAUAAGUUCAACCUGAGCUGGCGGAAUGCCUCCGGGAAUAAUGAAAUCGAGCUUGAGGCGGGAAAGGCCGGUGUUCUUACGGUAUCGACAUUGAAUUCCCCUCUCAACCCUGCUCCCAUCAGCCCUACCGAUAUUGAGACGAGCCCUGUUUGGGCCCGCUUUGCCGGUGUCACCCGCUCCGUCUUCGAGUCAGUACCGAGCUUCAAAGGCAAAACCGUCGUUGUUAGCGGCGACAUCAUGACCGGGAAUACCGACACCAAAGUUUAUUGGAACCUGUCACAAAACAUUUACCGCUGGAGUCCCGCUCGCGAAGGGCGUGCGCUGAAUAUCCACACCGUCGAUGAGAGAAUCGGCAUGGAUGCCCACCUCGAGGGGAUUAUGCUGUAUUACGAUUUAAUCCGCGCCUUUGAUUCGUGGGACGCCCCAGAGUAG